AAUGGGGCUUGCCUCUCCCUGCCCCGGUUGAAGCACCCCCCGGCUAAACCCAGAGGAACCCCAAAUAAACUUCAGCCGGGCUCUUCCCAUGGGCACCGGUUAAAUUUCAUUACCGCACUGUUUUUUCCCUUUUUUUUUUUUGCUUUUAGUAGUUAGAUUAGAUAGAGAAAGCAUUAACCAGAGAAACAAAAGACGCGAAGAGUGGGUAAAGAAAUGUCGCGUGUCGCCGCCGUGCUCAUCCUCCUCUCGCUCUUGGGCCUGUCGACCGUCCGGGCAGAAGACCCAUACCUCUUCUUCACAUGGAACGUGACAUACGGCACCAUCGCCCCUUUUGGCACUCCCCAACAAGUCAUCCUCAUCAACAACCAGUUCCCGGGCCCCGAAAUCAACUGCACUUCCAACAACAACAUUGUCAUCAACGUCUUCAACAACCUCGAUGAGCCCUUCCUCCUCACAUGGAACGGCAUUCAGCACAGGAAGAACUCAUGGAUGGACGGGGCUCCGGGGACCAACUGCCCCAUCCUCCCGGGCCAGAACUUCACCUACCACUUCCAGCCCAAGGACCAGAUCGGCAGCUUCUUCUACUUCCCCUCCCUCGGCAUGCAGAAGGCGGCCGGUGGCUUCGGCAUGCUCCGCGUCCACAGCCGCCUCCUCAUCCCUGUCCCCUUCGACCCCCCGGCCGAAGAAUUCAACGUCCUCGCCGGCGACUGGUUCACCAAAAGCCACAAGGUCCUCGCCGGCCAGCUCGACGCCGGCCGCAGCGUCGGCCACCCCGCCGGCGUCCUCAUCAAUGGCCGCCGCGGCAAGGACGCCGCCGGCCACGACGAGCCCCCCAUGUUCACCAUGCAGGCCGGCGACGUCUACCGCUUCCGCUUCUGCAACGUUGGCCUCAAAACGUCUCUCAAUUUCCGCAUCCAGAAGCAUCCGUUGAAGCUCGUUGAGAUGGAGGGCUCCCACACCGUCCAGAAUCUCUAUACCUCCCUCGACGUCCACGUUGGCCAGUGCCUGUCGGUGCUCGUCACCGCCGACCAGGCCCCUGGAGACUACUACCUCGUCGCCUCCACCCGCUUCACCAAGAAGGUCCUCACCGCCACCGCCGUCCUCCGCUACGCCGGCUCCAACACCCCCCCAUCCCCGGUCAUCCCCGAGGGACCCACCGGCUGGGCCUGGUCCUUCAACCAGUGGCGGACUUUCCGGUGGAACCUCACCGCCAGCGCCGCCCGCCCCAACCCCCAGGGUUCCUACCACUACGGCCAGAUCAACAUCACCCGCUCCAUCAGGCUCGUCAACGGCCACAGCAUCGUCGACGGCAAGCGCCGCAACUUCAUCAACGGCGUCUCCCACGUCGACCCCGACACGCCGCUCAAGCUCGCCGAGUACUUCAACCUCAGCAACCCGGUGUUCAAGUACAGUCUCAUGGGCGACGCUCCCCCGGCCCCUGAUACUCCGGUGACACUUGCACCCAAUGUCAUCGCCGUCGAGUUCAGGACUUUCAUCGAGAUCAUCUUCGAGAACACGGAGAAGAGCAUCCAGUCCUACCACUUGGAUGGCUACGCCUUCUUCCCUGCCGGGAUGGGGCCAGGUAAGUGGUCGCCGGAGAGCCGAAAACGCUACAAUCUUUUGGACACCGUGAGCCGGCACAGUGUCCAUGUAUUCCCCAAGUCAUGGACGGCGAUCUUGCUGACCUUCGACAAUGCUGGAAUGUGGAAUUUGAGAUCCAUGAAUUGGGAGAAUAAAUACUUGGGGCAGCAGCUGUACGUCAGUGUGACCUCGCCAGAACGAUCGUUAAGGGAUGAAUACAAUAUGCCUCUUAAUGCACUCCGCUGCGGGGCGGUGGUUGGGCUUCCCCUGCCGCCAUCCUACACCUAAAGCAUGCGGCCGGUGAGCUGUGCCGCCGCCGACCAGCGAGCCCCGUUCUUUGGUGAGGAGAGGACGGAGGGAAGGGUGGUGUUGAAAGGGGGUAAGAUUGAGUGCUAUCUAUGGGGUGUUCUGUUGGGCUUGUUCUUCUCUUCCUCUCGUGGUUCUUUUUUCUCUGGGUUUGCUGGUCGUGUGCUAUAUAAGCAAAGCUCUCUCCUAACUUAUGGUUCAUAUAUGAAUAAUAUGCACAUUCAUCAAAAUAAAAAUAGUAUAUACUUGUGACUACAA